UCCGACUCGCUUCCAUUCAGGAGUAAUGGCUGUCCACUGCUACAAAUCCUGGCGUUCGGCAAAUGUCAUGUGUGAAAACAGCGUGAAUUACUUCGCUGACACGAGUCUCUUUAAUGUUUAGCGCCGUGAAUUAACGUGAAAUGACGUGUUUUCAUCUCGUGUUGAAUCUCUUAUCCUCAGCCUGACGUCAGUUUUCUUUUUCUGCUGUUAGCCACUUGUUAGCCUGUUAGCCUUAGCUGCUAAGCCGAGACGGCGAGCCACCUGUCAGCCGGCGCUGCUCGCUCUGAAGGCGGUUCAUGGCAGAGGAAUAGGAGCGGAAGCCAACGGUGAUUGUGUUUUCAGAGGGUUUUUUUUUCCUGAAGCGAUUACACCGGGAUUCCGGCGUCUAAAUGCCCGAGCAAGGCCCCAGGAUGAACGGGUUUUCUAUCGGUGAGCUGUGCUGGCUCUUCUGUUGUCCGCCCUGUCCCAGCCGCAUCGCGGCUAAGCUAGCUUUCCUCCCGCCGGAGCCCACAUACUCUGUGCACAGCGACGCUAACGGCGUCACCAGCUUGCAUUUAACCGAGCGGGCGGACUGGCAAUACUCGCAGCGGGAGCUCGACGCCGUGGAGGUGUUCACCACCCGGAGCACCCGCGGUAACCGGAUAGGCUGCAUGUUCGUGCGCUGCGCCCCCAACAGCCGCUACACGCUGCUGUUCUCCCACGGCAACGCCGUGGACCUGGGCCAGAUGUGCAGCUUCUACAUCGGCCUCGGCUCCAGGAUCAACUGCAACGUCUUCUCCUACGAUUACUCAGGCUACGGAGUGAGCACCGGGAAACCGUCCGAGAAGAACCUGUACGCGGACAUCGAAGCGGCCUGGCAGGUCCUGAGGAACAAGUACGGUGUAACACCUGAGAACAUCAUCCUGUAUGGUCAGAGUAUCGGUACUGUGCCCACCAUUGACCUGGCUGCUCGUUAUGAAUGUGCUGCCGUCAUCCUGCACUCACCACUCAUGUCAGGGCUACGGGUCGCCUUCCCUGACACACGCAAGACCUACUGUUUCGAUGCCUUUCCCAGCAUUGACAAGGUGUCUAAGGUGGCAUCUCCAGUGCUGGUGAUCCACGGCACGGAGGACGAGGUCAUCGACUUCUCUCACGGCCUGGCCAUGUACGAGCGCUGCCCCCGCGCCGUGGAGCCGCUGUGGGUGGAGGGCGCCGGCCACAACGACAUCGAACUGUACGCCCAGUACCUGGAGAGACUCAAGCAGUUCAUCUCCCUGGAGCUUCCCUCUUCCUGAGGGACGCUCGGUCUCCAGGCCUGCGUUCAUCUCAACACACUCCGGAAGCCGCCUCCUCCUCCUCAUCAUCUCCUAGAUUCCUUUGUUUGGCAGAGGGACAGAGCUGGAGUCUCCUCGUCGCUCUGUGCUCCCUCUGUCCUCGGAGCACUUUUAGGGUGGAGACGUGUGACGCGCUGGGGGUUUUUUUUUGGUUGUUGAGGUGCCGCUGAGCUCAAGAGCAGUGGCUUCACCGUGUAGCGGCUGCUGAGCCCGGGCCUCGACCCUGUUUGCACUCGCCGCUCCGCCUGGAUUCAUUUCACCACUCCCACUCUCAGCCUCCGUUCACCCCGUCAUCCAUCCCUCUCUUUUCUGCGUCUCUUUCACUGUGAGCAUCACUGUGUCUCAUGUCGUCUCUUUCUUCCCCUCUGCGUCUCCUCUGACUGAGAGCAACCGACUUCAAGCUUGAUUCAUUUUUUUUGUAUUCUUUUAUACCAGGUAAAGAAGAAUGGAUUUUUUGCACCUCCAAAUAAAUUGAAGUUUUGUACUUUU